AUGGUCGCGGACACGACAUAUUACGACGCUCUCGGCGUGCAGCCUACAGCGACGGAGCUUGAAAUUAAAAAAGCUUACCGCAAGCUUGCCAUCACCACCCAUCCAGAUAAAAACCCGGGUGAUGAGACGGCCCAUGAGAGAUUCCAGGCGAUCGGUGAGGCAUACCAAGUUCUGAGUGAUGAGGAAUUGCGCAAGCAAUAUGAUAAAUUUGGCAAGGAGAUGGCCAUUCCGGGAGGUGGUUUUGAGGACCCGGCCGAAUUUUUUAGCAUGAUAUUUGGAGGCGAUGCCUUUGUGGAUUUGAUCGGAGAGAUAUCUCUUAUGAAGGAUUUAACGCGAACUAUGGACAUCACAAUGCAAGAAAUGGAAGAAGAAGAGCUUGCGAAAUCCGCGGAGGAAAAGUUGAAUAUACAUGAAGACAGUGGGAAAGAAAAACAAGAAAACCCCCCAGGUGAAUCCAGCGCCUCUCCACCCCCUCCGCCAUUUGUCUCUUCCGAAGAUAAAGAAAAGCAAAGCGUGCCCACUACCGAACCAGCAAAGCCAACAGAAGCUACAUCUGGCACCAGCACUCCCAAGCGAGUAUGGGGCCAGCAAGCAAUUAUGGACAAAUCAGAAGAGGACGCAAGAAUGGAUGCUGCUGGUCUGACUGCGGAAGAAAAAGAGCUAAGAAAGAAGGAGAAGAAGAAAGGUCUAACUAAAGAGCAGCGUGAAAGACUUGCGGCUUUUGAAGCUGAACGGAAGAAGCAAAGGGAAGAACGAGUCGAUACUCUCGCAAGAAAAUUGGUUGAUCGCCUCAGUAUAUGGACAGAGACAGAUAAAGGUGCGGAUGUCACAAUUGCUUUCCAGGAAAAGACGCGUCUAGAAGUUGAGAACCUCAAAAUGGAAUCUUUCGGACUUGAAAUUCUUCACGCCAUUGGUGCAACUUACAUCCAGAAAGCCACCUCGUUCCUCAAAUCCCAGAAAUUCCUCGGUAUUUCUGGAUUUUUCUCGCGAUUGAAGGACAAGGGAACCCUCGCCAAGGAAACUUGGACCACCAUUUCGACAGCCCUUGAUGCACAAAUGACCAUGGAAGAGAUGGUAAAACUGGAAGAGAAAGGGGGUGAAGAUUGGACUGACGAGAAACGAGCGGAAUACGAAAAGAAAGUCACAGGAAAGCUUUUGGCGGCUGCCUGGCGUGGUAGUAAAUUCGAGAUCCAAAGUGUGCUUCGUGACGUCUGCGACAAGAUACUUAACGACAGAGCUGUGAAAUUGGAGAAGCGGAUAGAACGAGCUCAUGCACUCGUGAUCUGCGGAAAGAUAUUCCAGAUGGCUGAACGUGAUCCGGACGAAGAGGGCGAUUACAUGGCUUUUGAGCAACUGAUGGCGGAAGGCUUGUCUAAGAAGGAUAAAAACGACAAGAAUGACAAAAAGAAGGACAAGAAAGCCAAACCAGAAGGCAGCCCUGAAGAAGUUCCCGCGUAG